AAUCGAGUUGUUUUUGUUGAGUCCGAUAAGGAUUUUGUUGAUGUUAUCUUCAGCUUCUUGACCAUGCCUAUUGGAAACAUUGUCAGACUUGCCCGUGAACACUCAGUGGAAGAAAACUUUGGUUGUUUGAACAACUUAUAUCAAAGUGUUGAGAAUCUUGACGAGGAUCAUCAACAAAGCGUGAAGUGCAAGGACAUGCUGCUUCGCCCUCGAAGUGCAGCUGAAAUUUACUGCAAGAACCUUAAGCUGAAUUUUGUUGACACAAAAGAUAUCUAUGUCUGCUGUGUUAAGCACACUGAUAUUUAUCCUCCGAGCAUCUAUACUAUUGCAAACUAUACCUGUUUUGGUCCUUACUACAAUGCUUGUUGCUGUUGUGGAUCAACCAUGACUACCUUACAUAAACUAGGCAACCAACCCUCUGUACCUCGAGGAGGAGGGGUGUUUGUGAAACCUAAAGCAAGGUUUAUGAUAUCUGACGACUUUCAAGUAAAGCCCAUCUCCACUAUGACGUGUGUAGCCCUUCUUAGUAAGUUUGAAGCUGCAGAAAGAAGCACAAGAGAAGAAAGGAUUAUAAACAUUGGAAUGGAGAAGGCUUUGCAUCUAUUGGAGGCUGCUUUGGUGUCGAAAACUACUCUGAGUGACGUUUUUUUACCUAAAGAAUCAAAACGGAAACUCUAUGAUGAUUCAAAAAAUUGAUGCAUGAAUGAAGAAGAAACUCUGAAAAUUGAGCAACGAUUGAAGAGGUGUCAAACUGUUCCUUUUGUGGCAUUUAUGUCAAUUGCUUCUUUUAUAUUUUAGCUUUCGAAUGCGCAAUCUACUAUAGACUCAAGUAUCAAUUGUAAUCAAGUUGUUUCAGCUGUGUUUUGUUCUCAAAGUUUUUGACUUGUGCCUUGUGGUAGUCAUGAGUGUGGUGUAAGCAUGGCGUUAUUGAGAAAAAUUCUGGUUAUAUAUGAUGCCUUAAUUGCCAUAUUCCUAUU